AUGACUCCUCCUGUCAUAGCACCUUCAAGCUCAGCAGCGGCAGCAGCAGGCUCAACUGAUGUGCCUGUGACUCCAAGGACAAACCUAACAACCAGAGCCCAUGGUGAGGAGGAGACGGCUGAUGAACAGAUCCACAAGAAGGCCAAGGUGGAGGACACAAAGAAACCCAGGCUCAUGCAAUUGAGUGAGCAACAUUCAGCAAUGACCCGUGCAGUGAAGUUUGAUGAUGGAUCAGAAUUUCAUACGAAGGACGACUGCAGCCAGGACCUCAAGAUGACAGAUCAUGCGGAAGAUGAAGAUCACUGGCAAGAUGAUCCAUCAGCAUCAAGCUUUGCAGGUGUUCCUCUGCAGUUGUGGUCAGAUGCUGAUAUCAAUGUGAAGCCUGAAGAACCUCCACAGUGGAUUGAUGAUUUGGCCGGUGAAACAGAGCUAUCUCGACUCACCAGCAUGGGUGUUUUCCAGCGUGAAGCUGACUAUGAUGGCAUUGCAGAAAAGAGCCAUCAGCUGAGCACGAAGUUUGUCAGGGACUGGUGGGGGCGUUUUACCUUCCAAUCUCGAUUGGACGUAGAUCCAUGGUUCUUUAUGGAUGUUGCAUGGCCUGCUGUUGAACCAGGGUUGCUCAGUUUCUUGCAGCGCGUCUUUGUGACCCCUCUGCGUUUGGACGCAGCAGCAUUCGAUGGAGAGAUCGAUUGCGAGGAGGUGCUGGUUGCAGCCUUUCCUCACAUGGUUGAUGAGGAGAGGCGGGAUGCCACUGCGGUCUUGAUGCAGUGGAAGGCAGAAGUCAGCAGGAGGAAGUAUUCAUUGUUGCUGGCUCAGGUGAUGAUCAGUGCUCAGUUGCCAGUUGUGGCUCUCAUUCAAACUUUGGAUGACGCCAACUCUGCGUGGAUCCACAUUUUUGCUGCGAGGAGGGCCAACACCUUGAAGUCCAGGUACAAGGUCUGGAAGCCAUUUGAGAAGUGGCUGGAAAUGCAUCGGGGUUACCUUUUUCCCCAAUCUGUAAAGGAUGCCAUCGAUUACAUGCAGCACAGGGUCGACAAUGGUUGUGGUCGGACAGUUCUGGAGUCACUGAGCAUCACUCUGUGCAUGUUGGAACAACUUGGGAGAGUGCCGGACUCUGCAAAGAUCUCAGAGGAUCCCUUGUGGAAGGGGCACAUCAAAUCAUGGACGGCGGAGCUCAGUGAGGAGGCACCACCGAGGAAGCCGGCAGAGAUGUUCACGGUCGCAAUGGUGAUUGCUUUGGAACUGCUUGUUGUGGAAGAAUCUGAACCGAUUUUUACCAGGGCUUUGGCAUGGGUGCUUCUUGUGAUGAUCUGGGGCGCCAUGAGAUGUGAUGAUGUCCAGGCAAUCAUCCCCAGGCGUUCCUUCCUUUCAAAUUUUGGUUUGAAGCUGAUUUUGGGGAAGUCGAAGACGACUGGACCGGACAAGGUUCAGAAAGAGGUGGCAGUGCACAUCUUCCGCACUGUCUCCUUGACUGGAGAGGAUUGGUUGAGGAGUGGCUUCAACAUCUGGGAGUCAGAGGAGUUCAGCUUUCCCAGAGACUAUAUGGUGAUGGAGCCGAGCAAGGAUUGGACGAAGGUGAAGCGUAAAUUUGUCACGCCAUCAGGCCUCAGCUCCUUGAUUUCGAAGCUUUGCGAUGCAGCUGAGAAGGCUGGGGCGAAUCCCAACCGCAUCAAGGAGAGACAUUCAGUGCUUUCUGACUGGGGCGGAAAACAUUCACUUGGAGGUGUCUACCCGACUUUGACCCCUCUUGAGGGUGAUUGGGAUGAUCGUGUGGACGGAGAUGGAGAUGAGAUGGAUUUGGCAGCUAGGGUUGCCGACAUUGCCCAGAAGGACACAGUGGGCGAUGUCCAUACUGCAAAGUACUUCAUCACGAUCUCUCGAAGAACUUGCUUGAGACGUUUGCAUCUCAGUGGAUGUUUUGUCAAGCCUGACAGGCACUAUGGAAAUCUCAGGAAGUUCACAGCUCUAGGUGACGACAGGGCAUCCAUCAGGACGAAAGCCAAGGCAAAGAUGCCGACAACGACGGAGGAGUACAGGAAGACUAUGAAGGUCGAGGCAUAUACUUGGUUGUGCAUGGCUUCACGUUACAAAGCUAAGCACUGGUUGCAUGGUUUAACAAUGGAGCCCUUCUUGAAGUUCACCGAGUAUAUUUUGGGGGAUCGAGUGUUUGGAAUCCAGAUCCCAGCGGCUUCUGGGGAAGCGUCACAACAGAAAGUGCGGCCUGAAUGGUCGAUAGUUCUUGCUUACGAACAAAAGCUCAGGAAGGAGGCCAUGAAAAAGGUCUUGGAGGGACACACAUUGAGUGAGUCAUUGCUUGCCGUUAUCAGGGACCCCGACUUGAAAGAGGCGUACUUCACCACGCCGGUGUCCCUCAGAUCAGCCUUGUCGGAGCCUCAACAAUCCAACAAGUGGCCACGGUUCAACAGCAAAGGGGGUUUCAGUGGCAAACAGUCUUCAAGCUUUUCAAAGGGCAAAGGAAAACAUUCCAAGGGCAAAUCAAAGGGCAAACCCAUUGACCAGCGAUUGAAGGGCCUCAGCCUUGCAUGGCGGUCGAAGGUCGACGAGGCAAACACUUUUGUGGACAGGCAGGUGGCGUCCUCAACAGACAGGCACGAGGAGGUUAAACACAGGCGUCUGGAUGAAACUGAGUUUUUGGCGGUGGCACAGAAUUACCCGUCAGCACAGAUUUCUGCAAAGGAGCUGGAACAGAAAUUCCGUGAGGAGGAGGAUUUGGGCCGAAUGCACCCCUCCAAGAUGGGGGUUCUCCGUGAAGAAUUUGGUGACCGCCUUCGGAUUGCUUCAAUGGCGGCAAUACAGAAGCCAGACGGCAGUGUCCGUCCACUUCACGAUGCGACUCACUCAGUGAUGGUUAACCACGCCAUCCAGUACCAGGACAAGAUUGAGUGUCCUGGCCCUGCCGAGAUUGCGGCCAUUGUCAGGGAGGCAACUGAGACUAAGGAGGCACCUUUCUGUGUGAGUGCAGACAUACGUGUGGCGGGGACGCCAUUUGGAUAUCACAAGUUCAAAGGUGGUUUUGCUUCGGAGUUUGUGGGGUUCCAGAUUCGUUACGACCUAACUGAAGUUGGCAUCUCAACCAAGCGGGGCACUUGGAUCAUUGACUGGAUUGACCGUGCAAAGGCCAACAGGUAUGUUAUUCAGGCGAGUGACUUCGCAGAGUUCUUGGGGAGGCUUGGAUUCAUUGCACAAUUGCUGGUGUGGCUUAAGCCGCAUCUUUCUCCUCUCUUUUCAUGGGCUGCAGUGACGGCGGCAGGAACUGUUUGCAGACUCCCUGACACGGUCAUCUUGACAUUGCAAUACAUUGCCAACGAGUUCAAGCGGGAGACGUUUUUGAUUUCAGCUUGCAGGCCUCAACAUUUCCGGGGGGAGCGUUUCAGGACAGAUGCAAAGUGCACAACUGAGUUUGUGGUACUGGCUGGAUGGGAGAUUGGUACAAAGAGAUGGUUUUCUAUCAAACUGGGUCCAACGGAAGUUCCGUACCUUUUCAAACCUGGCAUUGGAGCACAGUGGGCUUCAACUUCAGCAGAACUGCUGGCAUCAUGGCUGGCAUUACACAUGUUUGGUUGGCUUGCUGAGACGAGAGAAAGGAAAGCUAUUGAGGUCUCCCUGGUAGGAGGUACUGACAUCAGAGCCAAUGAGUCAUUGACUAGCAAGAGGUCCACGACACGGUGGCCACUUAUGGGGAUCAACAUGCAAUUAUCCUCAGCGCUGUCUCGAGCGCGACUUAGCCUGGGGUUACGGUGGAGACCCCGGGAUGAAAACACUGAGGCCGAUCAGCUCACCAACGAAAAUUUUGAGGGGUUUGAUGACAAGCUUCGUUUACAUGUUUGCUGGUCCACUUUAGAUUUACAGGUCUUGGAAGGUCUCCUGCGUACGAGGGAGGAGUUUGAAGCAGCGCGUGCAACAGCACGGGAACUGGCAAAGCAGGUGUUGUCUUCAAAACGCCUGAAGAUUCUUCUCAGGGACAUUGGCAUCUUUGACGAUGAUGGUGCCAACCCAAUUCAAGCUGAAGAACGUCGAGAAGUUCAUGAUGAUGAUCACUCAAGGUUGGUCUACGUGAUUUUGUUUGUGUGGUGCACAGCCAUGGCUCUCUUGCUUGCAGCAGCAGUUUGGAUGGGCAUCAAGCGGAUUCGCGCAAUUGAAGCUGAUGCAGGCCAUCUUGCACUACAAGUUGCACAGGCUGACACAACUCUUGGUGAAUAUAUGGCGGCAAUUCCAGAAGUUCAAAGAUCAGUUGGACAGGUGCGCAACCAGGAUUUGCAUGGGCUGGUGGAUGACACUGACCCACCAGCAGCAACAGCAACGACAGCAGCCUCUUCAAGCAAUGACCCUGGAGUUUGGAGUGGAGUUGUUUAUGGAGAAGGAGGUGAAUCAGAAUCUGAGAGGACGGAGGAUCACCUUCUGAACCCUGACCGAGACAUUUCGACAAGGCAGGGUGAACUUGAGACCUCCAUUGACGACUUGCACCUUCAACUCAAUGUGGCACUUGCUGAAGAGAACUGGAGUGACGCAGGUGAAAUCCAGAGAACAAUUUUGAUGUUGCUGGACCACACACACAAUCAAGGCAUCAGAGAUGAUGGCAACCAGAGGGGAAAGACACAACAGUGGAACCAUAGCCAGGCACAGAAGCUUCGAGGAUGUUUACCGCUCCAGGACAUGACAGCCCAUUUUGGGCAACUACUUUGCUUUGUUUGGAUGCCCGUGAAUGCUGGAAUCGCUGGUGAAGAAGCCCCACGGUGCAUUUUCCCUGCAGUGGUUGGAAAACCGAAGCAUGGUGUGAUGAUGCCAGGAACCGACAAAAGAGAGUAUUAUUUGGGGGAAGCAGCAAUCGCAAAACGCGGUGUGCUGACACUAUCAUAUCCAAUAGAACAUGGUGUCGUGAAAGACUGGUCUGAGAUGGAGAAGGUCUGGCAUCACACCUUUUUCGAUGCUUUGCGUGUGAAUCCUGAAGACCAACCGUGCAUUGUCAGCGAGGCUCCUUUGAACCCCAAAAAGAACAGGGAGCGCAUGGUUGAGAUGCUUUUCGAGAAGUUCAGCUGCCCAGCUGCCUACAUUGUUAUUCAGGCAGUGAUGUCCCUAUACUCGUCGGGGAGAACCACUGGCACGGUAGUGGACUCUGGAGACGGGGUCACACACACAGUGCCUGUGUACGAAGGCUAUGCGCUUCCCCACGCGAUUCAGAGGCUUGACUUGGCCGGUAGGGACCUUUCAGAAUACAUGACCAAGGUUCUCCUUGAAAGCGGCUGCAGCAUGAGUUCUUCAUCUGAAAAGGAUAUAGUGCGGGAAAUGAAGGAAAACCUGUGCUAUGUUUGCAGCGGAGACUGGAAGACGGAGAUGCAAUCCGCGCAGGGGCGACCCACAGACUUUGCAAAGAUUUUCGACCUCCCUGAUGGACAGAAAGUCAGCCUCAUGACCGAAAGAUUCAGAGUUCCAGAGGUGAUGUUUGAUCCGAUGAUAGCUGGAAGAGAGCUACCUGUGCUGCAUAAGUCUGUCUACCAGUGCAUCCAGGCCUGCGACAUUGAUUUGCGCAGAGAUCUCUUCAACAACAUUGUCCUGAGUGGAGGAAAUACCAUGUUCCCUGGCAUUGCUGAACGAUUAGAAUCGGAGCUGAAGGCCUUGGCGCCUCAAAAGAUCAAUGUCAAAGUAGUGGCGAAUCCCCACAGAAGGUAUAUUGUGUGGAUGGGCGCAUCCAUCCUUUCGCAGUUGUCAAGCUUUGGCUCCAUGCUCAUCUCGCUGCUGCCCAACACUCCUCUGUCAAUACUUCCCUUUUUGGCUCAUGCAGAUUCGUGCGCCUUUUCCAUUACAAGCAAGGGGUGCAACACGGCUUUGUCAGAGGAUAGAGUGUGGGAGGAAAUGCUAGUGGAGCAAUUUGGUUCUGUGAUUCAAUUCUACGCUGCCUUUGUGGCCUCCUUGCAAAGCAAUCCACAGGCCCAGCUUGCAGAAAACAUAGUCCCAGUUGAUCGAGACAAGCUCUUGCAGCUGCUUGACGGGCUCCCCAAAGAUUGCGCUCGACAGGUCUACAUGAGGGUUGCAUUGACCACUUGCAAGCCUUUUGUUUUGCAACCGCGAGCUCGCUUGGUGCUCGAGAUUCAUGAGCUCAGCGAUUGGAAUAAGCAUCACAAAAGACUUCUGCUCCUGCGGCAGGCAGAGCGAAUUUCAUUGGCCCUUUCAAACCGUGUUGCAACAGACAGGUUGAGAGAAAUCAUCAAAUCAACAAACUUGGAGCUACUGGCCCUUGAGGCUGUUGCUGCUGGUGAAGGCAAACUGUUAAGACCCCCGGAACUCCAAGAAGGCAUUGCCUGGAAUGCGGAGAUGGAGAUGUCUUUGGUCAAGAUUCUGGAGCGACGUGCUGAGCAGCGUCGGAAUUGGUUCCGGAAACAACGGGAGUUCCUGCUACAGGACCUGUACCGAGAUAUGCCCAUGAGAGCUUGAAGCAACUUCGAGCAAACUUUGAGCCUUUCACGGAGUCUUUCAACUUGUGGGACAGUUGAAAGGGCUUCACAGCUUCGCAUUGCUCAGUGGAAUUUGCACCGGUUGUCGAGCGGCAGCGCAUUGCUCGGCAGAUUCACCGAAGCCGUGAACUUUUGCGACCGUGCAGAUUCACCGACUGAAGAUGC